AUGGCAGGUCCCGAGAUUCCUAAUCCUAAAUGGGACUACCAUAUGUAUAUCUCUUAUUCAAAGCCUAGAUUGGUUCAUGAUCAUAUUUUACUAUAUGAGCUAGGGUGUUUUUAUUUGGAAAACCAAAACCCUUGGACAGGUUUGAGGGGUCAGUUUUAUGAUCAUCUCCGUGAGCAAACAUCAAGAGUUUAUAGGUGUUGUGCUGCAGAACCAAUUAAUGUCCAGUUUACUCUAUCAACAUAUUUUAUGGAGGUAGUGAACAUGACAGUCAUGAAUAUCCGCAACCGAUAUCCGACCAGCUCUGGAGAAAUUUUCUUU